UUAACUUUAAAGCUUGCUUCGUUUCCAAUUUCAAAUCAAAACAGUCCAAUUAAACAGACACACCCCCAUGGCCGAUCUCCCGCCGGCGUCCGACCCGACCCGAAUAGCAGAAGUAAAAGCAUGGCUCGCCUCUCAAUUCGACGCAGUGGGUAAAGAUGUACCCGAGUUCGAAUAUACCCCUCGUGCCGUUGCUUAUUUACACAAUCUUGCCACUCUCUCUCAAUCCAAAACUCACGCUUCUUCAAUCGUUGCCAAUGAUUUUCGCAUCAAAGCUUCCGAGUAUCGAUCCCAAGCUGCGAGAAUUAGGGAGAUACUUGAGAAUGCUGGAUUAGCGCAAGAGAGUUUACAGGCGAAUGUUGUGUCAUCAGCUCAAGUGCUUGCUAAUGUUGCGAAUUUGUUGAAUAUUAGAGAUACCGAGUUGAGUAGUUUUCUUGUAGCAAUGGGGGAUAUAUCUUUAAGAAAGACUGGAGUUGAGGAGAAGAGGGCUAAAGUACAGAAAGAGUUUAAGGUUCUUCUUGAUUUUACGCGGAAGGCGAUUGCAAGGUUGACAUAUUUAAAAAGAACACUUGCACAGCUGGAAGAUGAUGUAGCUCCUUGUGAGGCUCAAAUGGAGAACUGGAACACUAACUUGCGUGUCAUUGCAUCGAAAGAGCAGCAGUACCUGCAACAGCAUGCCAACUACAAGGCGAUGCUCAAUCGAAGGGGUUACACCCCCGAUAUAAGUCACGGAGUGUUGGUUCAGAUGGCAGAGCAUAGGAAGGAGUUGGAGAAGACGACGAAGCCAAUCAUGGAUACACUGCGAAGCUACCAAGACUUGCCUCCUGAUAAAGCUUUGGCUGCAUUGGCAAUUGAGGAUAAAAAGAGGCAAUAUGCAGCUGCUGAGAAGUAUCUUGAAGAUGUAUUGCAGUCAGCACUUGCCACUUCAGAGUAAUGUGCUAGUGGUUGACACUGUAAGUUUUGUGGUUAAACCUCCUGUACAUACCACCUUCAAGCCAUUAUGGUUAAUUUAUUGGGCCAGCUGGCUGGUGGUAAUUGAUGCUUUUUAUGUAGUAUUGUUUGGUUUUUCUUUGUAUCAAAGUGAAGAAAAUAUAUGAAUGUUUGAAAAUAUUGAUCCAGUUCUGUGAAGCUUGUAGUUCUAGUUUCAAAGCCAAUGAAACUGUUAUGUUAAUUAUUGUUACAAACGUGCGAGUUUUACUUUUA